AUGACCUUAAUCAAUAUAGUUAAUGAAAAAAACCAAGACGGAGGAAUCUCUUCAGAACAACCCCAAAAAAAUAGCACCUCAAAAUUGUUUAACAGCCUUUUGGAAUCAUCCAAAGCACUACCAACCACCUCCUCUGAUUUAGGUUCAAUCCAGUUAUCCAUUCAAGAAAUCAAUCGGAGAGCUCGUGAAUUAAGAGCACAUGCUACAACUAAUACCACACAUAAUGGAUCUGUUAUAAAACACGAACCCCAUGAAGACCAUACAAAGGCCCAUUACUUAUUGGCUGGCAGUGGAUUACAAUUUGAUGAAGUCGAUACCUCAUUAAAAGCAUUAGAACAAAACCAAAUUCUAUCAAAUUCUACCUUAACCAGAAAUAUUCCUUCUAUUUCUACUGAAUCUAAUGUUGCUUCAACCGUCCUGAUGGAAUCUGCUGGUACCAAUGUUCAACUGACUACUCUUGAUCUUGCAUCCAGUGCUUAUUCUACAGGUAAUAAGGUUGAAUUUACAGAGAUUGAUAAUUAUCUAAAAAUUAAAAAAAACGAAAAUAUCUUAGCCUCUAUUGAAAUGCUAUUAUCGAAUGCUGCAAAGGACUUUGAUGAUUAUGUUAAUGACAAUCUAAAUUUAAAUUGGAACGAAAGAAAGAAUAUUAUUAAACAAAAUUUUGGCAUUUUGGUUGGCGAAAAAUCAACCCAGGCAAACUCUUUAAAAUCAAUUCAAUCGGAUAAAAUCUUAAAUAAUGAUGAUUUGAUGAAAUUCUGGAGUAAAAAAUUUACUGGAAAUAGAUUAGACGGGAUUGAUCUUUUAAAUGAUAAUUAUAAUAAUGACGGUUUUUCUAAGUUAAACGUAAACGAACAUUAUAUGCUAAGGGACAAAUUUGAAAAGAAUGCCAAAAUUAUUCAUAGAUUUAAUAAUGCUAGGCAACAAAAUACUAAAUUUCCUUUGAAUCAAGAGUUUAUAUCUUUGUUAAAUAAUAAUUCAAAUGAUUUGAAAUCAAGAAAAUUAUUAGAAUCAUGGAAAAUUAUUGAAUCUUUUCAGGAAGUUAAGAACAAAAUGUCAAUUGCUUCUGGUAACCUAAAUUCCUCUACCUUUUCUCGCAAUAAUCUAGUCAUUACUAAUGCCAGAAAAUACUUACAAAGUCAAUUUAAAGAAUAUGUUGAUUUAUUAUAUAAAAAGGAAAUGGAUGAAGGAUUACCAACAAAUAUUAACAAAAUAAAAUCUUUCAUUGAGAAGAAGUUAAAAAAUAGCCCAGGUGGCAGUAUUAAUACAAACAUUGAUAAUUUAGUGUUACAUAAUACCACUUCAAAUGCGAGUACAUCUUCUGGUGACGUUUGGAAAGUUAGCAACUUAACUAUUAUAAAUGGAACACCAAUUUGGGCUUUGAUUUUCUAUCUUUUAAGAGCUGGUAUGGAAAAAGAAGCAUUAGAUGUUAUGAUAAAUAAUAGGUCAAAUUUUAAAAAAAUUGAACAGUCAUUUAUUACUUAUUUUAAGGCAUACAUUCAUGCUAAAUCUAAUGGCAACAAUGAAUUACCUGUUGAAUUUAUGACUAGAUUGCAUAAUGAAUACAACCAACAUAUAAAGAACUCUUUGAAUGGUGAUCCUUAUAGAUUGGCUGUUUAUAAAAUCAUUGGUCGAUGUGAUUUGACAAAGAAAUCGAUCCCUGAAAUAACAUUAAACGUUGAGGAUUGGCUUUGGAUUCACUUUAUGUUGAUUAAAGAAGAAAAUAUUCAUAAUAGUAAGUUGCCAAAUGAGAUCGUUGUUAAUGAUACCAUCUACAAAAACUACACAUUAGAGGAAUUUCAACAACUUAUCUUAUCAUACGGUGUUCAAAGAUUUAAUAAUGAUUAUUUACAAAUUCUGUUAUUGAGCGGUCUUUUCGAAUAUGCUGUCGAGUAUGCAUACAAGAUCAGUGAAUUAGAUGCGGUCCAUCUGGCAAUUGGUAUUUGUAACCAACAACUAUUAAAUGUUAGUAAUGACCCAUUAUCCUCCGCCUUAAUUGUACAUAAAAACGAUAAUAAUUUAGCAAAUGGUAAGAGUGAUGUCUCCAUAAAUUUUAUAAAGAUUAUUACGUCUUACAUCAGAUCAUAUAAAUAUUCUGAUCCUAGAAUUGCAUUAGAAUAUUUAUUAUUAAUUGGGUUAAAUUCUAAAGGAGAUAAGAAUGACUUACAAACAUUAUUUAUGCAUGAAUGUAUAAGAGAAUUGAUAUUACAAACUAAAGAAUUCACUAUUCUUUUAGGAAAAAUAGGUCGUAAUGGAUCUCGUAUUCCAGGUGUUAUAGAACAAAGAAGAUCAUUGUUGUUGAUUAAUGAUGAGACAGAUAGCAAGUCAUUUUUGAAAGUGAUUACAGAACAAGCAGCUUUGAAAGCUGACGAGGAUGGUAGAGUUUACGAUAGUUUGUUACUAUACCAAUUAGCUGAAGAAUAUGAUAUUGUCAUUUCGAUAAUCAACAAUAUCAUCAGUAAUUUGUUAAGUGAUUCUGACUUAACUUGUAACAUUUUAGUUAAUAUUAAUGAUAAUAGUGAAACAAAUCCAAUUUUGUUAGCAGAAAAAUUGAUCGAUAUACAUUUGAACAGACAUGAUAGCAACAAGUCGGUUAUUAGCUUUAAAAAUAAAGAAACAUGUUUAUUGUUGUUAAAGAUAGUAGAGAUCAGAAAAUUAUUUGAUAACAACAAUGCUUUCAAUAUCAUUUCUAUUGAUAGAAAUGAGGUAAGCCAUAUAAAUGUUGUACAAUGGGAAGAAAUCUUGAAUAAAAUUAUAGAAUUAAACAUUUUACCGCUAGUAGUGAAUCAAAAUAGUCGUUAUAAUAAUGAUAAUAUGAAUAAUCAUGAAGACAUAGGUGAUGAUUUCAGCGGUAGUGAAGAGAUAAGUAUUAGAAAAAAAGCAGAGGAAUUUAAUUUAAUUGAUCCUAAUAUUGUGAAAUGCAUUCCAAAUUUAUUGGUUAUUACUAUGAUUUCGGUGAAUAAAGUUAUUCAAAGAUUAAAAUCAUCUCUUUCACAGAACCAAAUCCGGAAUGAUGUUACAUUAUCAGGAUCUAAUCCAAAUAAUCCUUCAAAUGUUGAUGAUAAUAAUAAGAUGGACCAAAUUAAUUUAAUGAAAAAACUUGCUAGAAAUUGUAUGAUUUACGCUGGUAUGAUCCAAUACAAAAUGCCUAGAGAAACAUAUAGCACAUUAAUUCAGAUUGAUAUUGCAUUGUAA